UCAUCCCCUCGGCUCCGCUCUCCUUCCCUCCCCGGCUCACCCCGCCGCUGCCCCGCGCCCGUGGAGUUCUUCGAUCGAGUCCUCGGAGCCUGGAGCACCUCGUCCAACAAUCCGGGACCGCACGAGAAGAGAGAGAGGGGGUGGUUUGACACAAGUCAGGCACCCGUCAAGAUUCGGCUCGAUCUGCUGCGGGACAUGGAGCUGGACAGCAUCGAGUGCGUGUCCUACUCCGAUGGCAUGGAGGACGACGACGACACGGCCGCCGUCACCUCGUCCCAGCUCCCUCGCCCCUUCCUCAAAUCCUCCUCUACCGCCGGUGCUGCCGCCGCCGCCGCCGCGGCCGUCAACGUGGUCGUCGUCUCCGACCGCGCCGGUGCCGCCGGGACGGUAGCGGGAGCUGGGCCGCUGGUGAUAUCUCCGGCCACGGGCGUGCAUGAGCUUCUCGAGUGCCCCGUCUGCACCAACUCCAUGUACCCGCCCAUCCACCAGUGCCAAAAUGGUCAUACUCUGUGUUCCACCUGCAAAACUCGGGUGCACAACCGCUGCCCAACUUGUCGACAGGAGCUCGGUGACAUCAGGUGUCUGGCAUUAGAAAAAGUGGCUGAAUCACUUGAGCUCCCCUGCAGAUACUACUCUCUUGGAUGUCCAGAAGUCUUCCCAUACUACAGCAAACUAAGCCAUGAGUCACAGUGUAGUUUUAGGCCAUACAACUGUCCUUAUGCUGGUUCUGAAUGUUCAGUUGUUGGGGAUAUUCCUUUUCUUGUGGCACAUCUACGAGAUGAUCAUAAAGUGGACAUGCACUCUGGAUGCACAUUUAAUCACCGCUAUGUCAAGUCCAACCCAAGAGAGGUUGAAAAUGCAACCUGGAUGCUAACUGUGUUUCAUUGUUUUGGGCAGUACUUUUGCUUGCACUUUGAGGCAUUUCAGCUUGGGUUGGCACCAGUAUACAUGGCUUUCCUACGAUUUAUGGGUGACGAAAAUGAUUCUAGGAAUUACAGCUAUAGCCUUGAGGUUGGUGCAAAUGGCAGGAAGAUGAUAUGGGAGGGAACGCCCCGCAGCAUCCGGGACAGCCACCGGAAGGUUAGGGACAGCCAUGACGGCCUAAUAAUUCAGCGCAACAUGGCUCUCUUCUUCUCAGGUGGAGAUAGGAAAGAGCUGAAGCUGCGCGUCACAGGCCGUAUCUGGAAGGAGCAGCAGAACCCUGACUCGGGGGCCUGCAUUCCCAAUUUGUUCAGCUGAGCUGAGUAACAAGGAUGAAUCCAGGUCUGUGCUUGGUGUUUUGUCCUUGCCAAGCUGCCAUUGCAGCCUGCCCUAAAUUAGUUAGGUUGUUGGCAGGAUAAUGAAAAUACAGAGUUCCUCCUCCUGUGGGCUGGUGAAUCUCAUGAUAAGCAAAUUUUUUUCUCGACGAUACAGAUUUGUGAUGUUAUGUUUGCCUCGGUGUAUUUUGUUGUCUGGAAAUAAACUGUUGCGCAGUAACUGCAUUUGGUUGGCUGGUC